AUGAGCGCGACAGUGUCUAUUUCGCAACAAUACCUGCUCGCCAGCAAGGCGAGAGCUAAAUUGAUGAGAUGUGCGGCUACGGAUAGCAACAAGGACUACAACCUGAGGGUGCUAGUAGGCCAUGCAAAUCUGCUGGACAGGGUGAUGGAAAGUGUUGAUUCUUACAAUACCAGGAUUACAAAGAGUUCGAUGUGCCAGGGUCAUUCUGUACGUUCGCGUUCGGACUCAGGCCACAAUGAUGGAAGAACGCAGGUGGAUUAUUUUUCGAGCGAUGACGAUGAUGACGACUACUCGUCAUCAUCUUCGGAUAGUGAGUACGACGACGAUGAUGACAGCUCGGCGUCCGAUUCCGAUUGUCGCGAGGAUGAGUACGAUUUCAGUCAGCCUCCCAAGUACAUCCACUCCUCUAGCGCUACGCGACCACAACAGCCGGCUGUGUCGGUGGUGACGGUGACCAUCGACCAGUGCUUGGACGACAAAGAUUACGAUGAUUACAACAGCGACACAGACAGUGACUCGGAAGGGUCUCCCAUAUCGUCAAACAUGGAACAGGAUCUGUCGAUGAUGCCGCUCACUUUGCAAGCGAAGGUAGCGCACGAACAUCCUCGCCACUACCACAUCUUGCACACUUCAUUGGACAAUCACGAAUUGGGCGAGGUUACGCCCAUUCAAGUAUGA